CCCGUGUCUUGCUCCCUCGUCUGUCCUCUUGUUUGUUCCAAAAGCUUUAUUCCUUUCAUCUCUCUUCGAACCCUUCCGAGCUCUUCUUCAGACACAACAACAAGCUUUAGCUGAAUCGUGCAGCUGCAGCUGCAUAGUUCUUUGAUUUUUCCUCCUUUUUGCUCCAGAAGUUCGAGAUUCUUGCUGGAGAUUAUUUAUCCAAUAUGGGUUUUUGAAGAGUUAGGGAGUAAAGUUAUUUCUGAGGUCGAUUUGUAGAAAGAUAUGUUGUUUGAGAACGGAUGUAGUGAUUUUUUUGUCCUUAAUUGCAGUUCGGUUGUCAAGGAAAUGUGGAUUAUGGUAUAAUUUGACAAACGGUUGGGUUUUUGAGGGACUAGCUCUGAGAUUUUGUUUCUGCUGUUAUUUGAUCUCAAAUGGAUAACGGAGAAGAAAGAUAUCCUAUAUCCAAACGUUACAGUGUGAACCAUCGGGAAAAUUUUGGUUCUCUACCGCGUCAAAAGAUUCCUUUCCAGGAUCCUUCUUAUUCAAGGCCAGUCAGUAAUCAGUAUGUGGAUGAGGAUGUUGAGGAUGACGAAGAAGAGGAUGGAUUGGGGGAGGAAGAAGAUGAAAAUUAUCAGAACAAUGGUUUUGCUCACACGAGUGAAGAAGUAGACGAUGGCGAUGACGAAGAUGAUUUUGAUAUGGAUGAAGAUAUCAAGCAGAACAAUACUGUGAAAUUGGAUGAUGCUGAUUUGGAAAGGCACCCCAAGAAGCGACGGUUAAAGAAUUUGAUAUCCAAUUAUGAACUUGCUCCUCGUAUGCCACCACCAUCCUCAACCCCAGCACAAAAAUCAUUUGUUGGGGGUAGGAAUUCAUUGACAGAUUGGAACGAACAUGAAACAGUUGUACUUCUAGAUGCCUGGGGUGAACGGUUUCUUCAACAUGGAAGGAAAAGUCUUCGAUCUGAGGAAUGGCAAGAGGUUGCUGAGAAGGUAUCGGAGGUCUCUAAGAUUGACAGGACUGACACACAGUGUCGUAACCGCCUCGAUACCUUGAAGAAGAAGUAUAAAAAGGAAAAAUCAAAAUCAACAGAAAUGGGUGGACCUACAAGCAAGUGGGUUUACUUUAAGAAGAUGGACAUGUUAAUGUCUUCACCUCCAAACCAAGGUGGCUUAUCAUGUGGGUUAGAUUCGGGGGAGUAUGUGUUCAUGAACCCUAGAGCUUAUCUGAAUCGUGCAAAUGGGCUGGAUGAGAUGAGGGAUAGCCCCGAUAACUCAGAAUCUGAUGAUUGCGAGGACGACGAACUUGAUGGACUUCCACCAAAGAAAAGAAUAUACGGGAGGAACAACGAGGAUAGCUCUUCCUUCAGGAUGCUAGCCGAUUCCAUUCACAAGUUCAGUGAGAUUUACGAGAAGAUCGAGAGCAGCAAAAGACAUCAAAUGAUGGAGUUAGAGAAGAUGAGGAUGGAUUUCUUAAGAGAUUUGGAGUUACAGAAAAGGCAGAUAAUGGAGAGAGCUCAAGCAGAGAUCGCCAAACUUAGGCAGGGGGACGAUGAGGAAUACGGUGCCUCCGCAAAGAGUGCCAGUGGAUAAUGUAAUCUUAAUACACAAUCUUGGAUGUUUACUACUAUAUUUCCUUAGUAUGUUAUUGAUCACUCUCUGUUUGUAUAAUAUAUGGGAGGGCCCGCCCCCCCAAUUGAUUUCUAAUUAGUGCGAUAUUAGAUGGAACCGUUCUUACUUCUUGACGACAAUAAUAGAAUUACAGAAUUAUAUUUCA